AUGGCAACUGAUGAAGAUGUAUUAAUAUGGAUCGAUUUAGAAAUGGAUGGAUUAGAUUUAAAUAAAAAUUUUAUUCUAGAAAUUGCAUGUAUUCUUACGGAUUUUAAUUUAACAAAUAUUCAUGAAGGUCCUGAUCUUGUUAUUCAUCAUCCAAAAUCACUAAUGGAUGCAAUGGGACCUUGGUGUAUGGAACAUCAUACAAAAUCAGGUCUUGUUCAACAAGUUUUAAAUAGUAAAUUAACUAUGAUCGAUGCUGAAACUGAAAUAAUAAAUUUUAUUGAACAAACCAUAUCAACAAUAACAAAAAAUAAAAAACGUUUAAUUCUUGCCGGUAAUUCUGUUUAUGUUGAUCGUUAUUUUAUUGAAAAAGAUAUGCCACGUUUAAAUUCUCUACUUGAUCGAUCAAUUCUUGAUUGUAGUACAUUAAAAGAAUUAAUUCGUCGAUUUAAUUCUCAAAUUUAUCAUAAUGCACCAAUUAAAGGUGGAAAUCUUCAUCGUGCAUUGGAUGAUAUUCGAAAUAGUAUUGAAGAAUUUCGAUAUUAUCAAACAACAGCAUUUGAAGAAAAACAACAAAUUCAAGAAGAAACUUUAUCAUCAAAUAAAAAUAUUUCACAAUAUCUUGUAUGGAUUAAUAUUCAUUCAACAUUGAUUCAUUGUAUUUUAACUGAUAAUACUCUUAAUAUAAUUGAUGAAAUUACCGAUGGAAAAACAGAUGAUGAUUUAAUAAAUUUUUUCUAUCGAAAUCGUAUUCGUCAGGAACGAAUGGUGGUUGUUGCUGGUACAUAUUUAGGUUCAGUUCGUGCUGAAUUAAAAACUUUAGCACCGAAUUUCAAUGAAUUCUGUCAUUAUCGAUCAAUUGAUAUUGAUGUAAUAUCACUUAUAUGUGAAAAAUGGUUUCCGAAUAUUUAUAAACAACGACCAAUUGGUGAUGAUUUAAAACAUUCUAUUGAACUUCUUCGCUUUUAUCGAUCAAAUAUAUUUAAAUAA